GGGCCUCGGGACAAGAUGGCGGCGGCGGCGGGGUCCGAAAAGCGCGAGUGGAAGCCUCCGGGGCGAGUGUGAGGAGGGGUCCCGGGGUCCCGGGUAUCUCCGGGCCGGGGCCCCGCUGCGGAACGGACCAUGCUACGUUCUACCGGCUUUUUUCGCUCCAUCGACUGCCCAUACUGGGCGGGAGCCCCCGGGGGGCCUUGCCGGCGGCCCUACUGCCACUUCCGGCACCGCGGAGCUCGGGGUCCCGGCGCUCCCGGUAGCGGCGGCGUAACAUCUCCCGCAGCAGGACUUGGCUAUGACCCGUACAACCCGGAGCUACCCCAGCCUCCUGUGCAGAGGGAGAAUGGUGCUCUGGGUCAGGGCGAUGGCAUGCUGGAGUUGGAGCUGGUCAACCAGGCCAUCGAGGCUGUGCGUGGCGAGGUGGAGCUGGAGCAGAGGCGCUACCAGGAGCUCCUGGAGACUGCACGGGGCCACGGUGCUGGGGCUUCAGCACUGGCCCCUUGCAGCCCUGCCACAAGCAUGGAUGAUGAUGACACCUUCUCCUUGGCCCUGACUUAUACGCCAGGCGGCCUGCUGAGCCCGGACGCUGCCUACCAGCCCACCCCAUUGGCUGUCCCUGCCGAGCCAGGGCACAAGUACUCACUGGCCCCUUCAGACAGGGGUCAGAGCAGAGCUGCAGGAGGCGCUGGUGCCCUGGAGUAUGUCCCCAAGGCUGUGGGCCAGCCUCGUCGCGGUGGCAAAUACGUGGUGGAUAGCUCAAAGCCAUCAACAGAUCUAGAGUAUGACCCACUGUCCAACUAUUCAGCCCGGCACCUUGGCAGGACCAGCACUAGGGACGAGAGGGCCACCAAGCGGCCGCGGGGCUCCAGAGGUACUGAGCCAUACACACCUGCCCUCAAGAAGCCCUGUGACCCCUCUGGCGGCUGUGAGGCCAGGUUCUCAGACUCAGAAGAUGACGUGUCCAGCCCCCCAAAAGCCGAUGACCCUGAAAGCAAGGCACCUGGUAAGCCUGUCUCCAAGGAGGGCAUAGAGCCCGAGGAGGGCAGCCUGCGGGUCACCAAGGAGAUGGCUGUGCAGUAUGAUGUGGAAGACCUCGGGCAGCCCCCCAAAGCACCAGACACAGUGUCCGUGGUCAAGCCCAGCUCUCCAGCCAGGGCCUCUCAAGAUGCUGGGGUCCCCAAGGAGGGCAAAGCCAAGAAGAAGAAAAGUGGGACCCCAGCCAGCCUCAGCCACAAGGACAAGGUCCGCAAGAAAGACAAAAAGAAAGAGAAGGACCCAGCCAGACCCCGAGGAAAGGAAAAGGUGUGUGCAGACAGGAAGAAGCUGUCUUCCAGUAGCCCCCGGGGCAAAGCCCAGGGACUCGAAGGGACCAAAAAAAAGCCAUCCUCUGCUACCACAGUGGCUAGCUCAGGGAAAGGGGGGACGGGCCACCCAUCCAGCACGGGGCCCCAGGACCGUGGGCCCAAUUCCCGUGCACCACUAGCCUGGAAAGGUGGCUGUGCAAAGAAGAUGCCAUCAGUAAAGUUGGCGGAACGCAAGACCCGCUCCCUGGAUGAAGGAGCCCCCCAGGACACCCCUAAGCUCAAGAAACGGGCCCUGAGCCAUGCCGAACUAUUUGGGGAUGAGAGUGAGGAGGAGGACUCAGGCCUGGGAACAGCACCCCGGGUCUGGCCCCCGACCCUGCCCAGCCUUAGCUCAGACUCAGAAUCAGACUCUGACUCCAGCCUGGGUCUGGGUGAGACAAAGGUACCCAAGCGUCUCAAGGCCGCGCCGCCCGCAUCCCCCGCACCGCCCUCCCCACUGUCCUCCUCCUCGUCCUCUGGAGCCAGCCAGUGUGCAGAGGAGGGUGUGGGCUACUCGGCCCUGGAGAAGGAGCUGGACUUGGAUGUGGACCCUAUGGAGGAGUGCCUGCGGAUCUUCAACGAGUCCACCAGUGUGAAGACAGAGGACAAGGGCCGGCUGGCCCGGCAGCCACCCAAGGAGAAGGCCGAGGAGGAGACGCAUGCGGGCCUGACCACUUUGUUCCCAGGGCAGAAGAGGAGAGUCUCACACCUUUCCAAGCCUGGCAAGGAGGCAGAGGCCCCAAAGAGGACCCCCGUGGCCCCCCCAGCACGGCCCCCAACUGCUCAGGAGGUGUGCUACCGGCGAGCACAGCAGGCACAAAGGGACUCAGCCAGUUGGCUACAGGCUGUCCCACGGCCAACUGAGAGGCUUUCCUCUGUGCACAUCUCGGCGCCGGGGGAGAAGAGGAGGAUCGCUCACGUGCCUAACCCCCGACUGGCCGCCCCCCCCACAGGUGCCAAGAGGGCGCUCCCUGCCAGCGGCAGCCAAGUGUCCCACGGCCCCGAACCUGGCAGCCAGCCACUGAAGACACGUACGUUGUCAGGGAUGGCAUCUAAGACCACCACCACCGUCACCCCCAAGCGCAUGGCCCACAGCCCGUCACUCCAGAGUCUAAAGAAGCCCGUUAUCCCAAAAGAAUUUGGUGGCAAGGUCCCCACUGUGGUCCGCCAGCGCUAUCUCAACCUGUUCAUUGAGGAGUGUCUCAAGUUCUGUUCAUCCAACCAGGAGGCCAUUGAGAAGGCCCUGAACGAGGAAAAGGUGGCAUAUGACCGCAGUCCCAGCAAGAACAUAUACCUGAACGUGGCCGUGAACACCCUUAAGAAGCUGAGGGGCCUGGUCCCCAACGCCGUGCCCAACCUCAGCAAAGCCAGUAGCCGCAGGGUUGUGUCCCAUGAGGUUGUGCUGGGGGGCAAAUUGGCAGCUAAAACCAGCUUCUCACUGAGCCGCCCCAGCAGCCCGCGGGUAGAGGAGCUGAAAGGGACUGCCCUGUACAGCCGCCUCAGGGAGUACCUGCUCACUCCAGAGCAGCUGAAGGAGAAUGGCUACCCCUUCCCCCACCCAGAGCGCCCAGGGGGCGCAGUCAUCUUCACAGCUGAGGAGAAGAAACCCAAGGACCCCUCCUGCAGAAUUUGCUGUCGCUGUGGCACCGAGUACCUGGUCUCCUCCUCGGGCCGCUGUGUGCGCAAUGAGGAGUGUUACUACCACUGGGGGCGGCUCCGGCGGAAUCGAGUGGCUGGGGGCUGGGAGACCCAGUAUAUGUGCUGCUCAGCUGCAGUCGGAUCUGUGGGCUGUCAGGUCGCCAAGCAACACGUGCAGGAUGGCCGGAAGGAGAACCUGGAGGGCUUUGUGCGUACCUUCCAGAAGGAGCUGCCUGAAGAUGCCCAUGCCGGGGUCUUUGCCCUCGACUGUGAGAUGUCCUACACUACAUACGGCCUGGAGCUGACACGAGUCACAGUCGUGGACACAGACAUGCAGGUCGUGUAUGACACCUUUGUCAAGCCUGACAAUGCCGUUGUUGACUACAACACCAGGUUCUCAGGGGUGACAGAGGCCGACCUGGUGGACACGAGCAUCACGCUGCGGGACGUGCAGGCCGUCCUGCUGAGCAUGUUCAGCGCCGACACCAUCCUCAUUGGCCACAGCCUGGAGAGUGACCUGCUGGCUCUCAAGGUCAUCCACGGCACAGUGGUAGACACCUCUGUGCUGUUCCCACAUCGCCUGGGCCUGCCCUAUAAGCGCUCACUGCGGAACCUCAUGGCUGACUACCUCAGACAGAUCAUCCAAGACAAUGUGGACGGGCACAGCUCCAGUGAAGAUGCCAGUGCCUGUAUGCACCUUGUCAUCUGGAAGAUCCGAGAAGACGCCAAGACCAAGCGAUGACUCCCAUCCAACAUUACCAUGCCACCCCUUCUUCCAACCCUGGCUGCCCUCAACCCCGACCCCUCAGCCCUGACGCCCUUGGCCUCUUUUCAAACUGUGUAAUAAAACAUGACAGCUGACCCUGCGCCUCCCGAGCUCGAGCCGCAGGUCUGCAGUGAGCAGCCCAGAGCCGAGGCUGAGACCAGUCCUCAGCCCAGCCCCACACCCGUCCAACGUGUCACCACCUCCUCCCCCAGUCCUGUCCCAUGGAGCCUGCUGCUGCCCGGGGCAGAGCUGGCCUAGUCUCUGUGCCCCUGUCAGGCACCCCUACCCUUAACCCCCCAGCCCACCGCUCCCGACAGUGGGUUAUGCCUUCCGCUCCUUUGUAUAUAACGCAGGCGACAGGACAAGCCCUCAUGGUUUGAGACGGGUUGUCUUUUUUUACUUUAUACUGUUAUUUUUAUUAAUUUUUAAUUUAAACCUGCUGACCUGCACACCUCCUCAGCUGAGGGUCAACCCACAUGGUCAGUCCCAUGGGCCUGGAUGUUCACCCUGCCCACUUGGGGGGUAGCUUCCAGAACUCACCCCAGCCCACCCAGGACUCCCCAACCUCAGAGCCAAGCCAGCCCCUUGGUCUGGCCUUCAGGGCCUCUGGGCUAUCAUCUGGGGGAUGCCACCUCCCUCCGAGUAGGAACAGAAUAAAUGUUUGUAUGAACUUUAGAUUUCAUAGUGUGUUGUGCUUUGGGGGCCAGACAGGACCCUGACACGUGCCCGGUCAAGAAAAAUGGAAACGACUCCCAUGUUCAAGCCAGCUCUCAACCCAUGGGCCCAUGCCACCCAGCAUGGGGACCUGUGAGACACCGAAGCUCUAGGUAGGCUGUGCUCGACAGCCCUUCCCUGAGGGCACCUGGCUGUUGUGCAGGCUGGUGGUGCGCCUUCAUUCCCUUUUGCCUGUUAGGAGCCAAGGUCCAAGGUGGAGACUUGGAGUCCCUGGUGUCCUGAGGAAUGGCCUGACAAUCUAGGCCACUCUGUCCCCGUCAGGAAACAAGCUUUGCAACACUCACAUCCAAUGUGACCUCAGCUUGAUUGGCUGCCUCUUGGCACUUAUCUGUGGGGCAGAGUAGGCCUGGAGCCAUGCAGGGAAACCUGGGUGUGACAGUCAGGGUCUAAGGGAGCUUCCUUGGCUAAGCCUGGCUUCCACUCUCACGGGUAUCCUUGAGCAAUCUGUCCCCUCUUCUAUCUUGUGUAAACAAGGUUUUUUUUUUUAAAUAAAUAAAUAAAUGGUGCCCAUGUAUUCGCAAAAA